GUAUAUAUUAGAAGAAGCAAAUGAAACUCUCACACCCCAAAAUACAACCAAAAAAACAAACAUUUUAGUUUUAUAAUCUUCCUACCAAAAUUUCUCUCUCUCUCUCUCUCGUUACAUUAAAUUUCUUAUAGAUGCAAGAAGACUCUUCUUCCCUCGGUUCACAACGUAACCUCCGGUCACCGGCGCCGGAGAGAACCGGAAAGAGUUCAAAGACUAAAAAUGAGCAAAAGGGUGUUUCUAAGCAUCCGAGUUUUCGUGGGGUAAGAAUGAGACAAUUGGGGAAAUGGGUGUCUGAAAUCAGAGAACCAAGAAAGAAAUCAAGAAUCUGGCUCGGCACUUUCUCAACGCCGGAGAUGGCGGCGCGUGCACACGACGUGGCGGCUUUAGCCAUCAAAGGCGGCUCAGCACACCUUAAUUUCCCGGAGCUAGCUUACCAUUUGCCAAGACCGGCAAGCGCAGACCCUAAAGACAUUCAAGAAGCCGCAGCAGCAGCAGCUGCAGUUGACUGGAAAGCACCGGGGUCUCCUUCUAGCACGGUGACGUCAUCUCCGGUCGCUGACGACGCUUUCUCCGACCUCCCUGAUCUUUUGCUUGACGUUAACGAUCACAACAAAGUCGAUGGGUUCUGGGACUCGUUUCCUUACGAAGAUCCUUUUUUCUUGGAGAAUUAUUAGCAGGCAAAUUCUUGCCGGCGAAUGAGUUUUCCGGUGGGUUUCCCGGUAAAUAAUGAACCGAUGUCGUUUUGUACUUUUUUGUCUUUGUUGGGAAAUUUCUUUCUUUNUUUUUUUUUUUUUUUUUUUUUUUUACGUGUGAGUAAGUUUCGAAUGUGUGAUGUGUAAAGUAAGUACAGGCUAUUUAAUUUCUUUUUCUGUACAAAUACGUACGUAAUUACCAGAAAAGUUUCUUCAUUUA